UAGAAUUUUCCACACUGAAGUGAUAUAUUCAACCGGCGCUGCAUUAUUUGCACAUUUGUCUCACUUCUCACUUGUGCUGUUUGAUUCGUGAACUUGCGCGUACUUUGUGCGAUUACUUUUUACUUUCCGAAGCGAUUUUAUUUAAAGCAAUUUCUUGUUGUACGUGAAGUAACUAUUCGUUGCGGUGAAUUUUUUUAGUUCAAUUUGUACAAAUAUUUUAUACCAAGAUGCCUGAAGACGUAGCAAUGCAAGAAGAAGUCGAAACUUUCGCAUUCCAGGCGGAAAUCGCCCAGUUGAUGUCUCUCAUCAUCAACACUUUCUAUUCCAAUAAAGAAAUUUUCCUUCGAGAAUUGAUUUCGAACUCAUCUGAUGCUUUGGACAAAAUCCGUUACGAAAGCUUGACCAACCCGGAAAAAUUGGAAUCCGGCAAAGAAUUAUUUAUCAAAAUCAUCCCGAACCUAAAUGAUCGAACUUUGACCAUCAUCGACUCAGGAAUCGGCAUGACCAAAGCCGACCUAGUCAAUAACCUGGGUACGAUAGCUAAAUCCGGCACGAAAGCGUUCAUGGAAGCUUUACAAGCUGGCGCAGAUAUCUCGAUGAUCGGUCAAUUCGGUGUUGGUUUCUACAGCGCGUACUUGGUCGCCGACAAAGUCACCGUUUCAUCGAAACACAACGACGACGAACAAUACCUGUGGGAAUCGUCAGCUGGCGGCUCGUUCACCAUCCGAUCCGACCCGGGCGAACCAUUAGGCCGUGGUACUAAAAUCACGUUACACAUCAAAGAAGAUCAGGCCGAAUAUUUAGAAGAACGUAAAAUCAAAGAAGUCGUCAAGAAACACUCGCAAUUCAUCGGUUAUCCCAUUAAAUUACUCGUCGAAAAAGAACGCGAUAAGGAAUUGAGCGAAGACGAAGAAGAAGAAGAGAAACCCGAAGAAGAAAAAGACGACGAAGGCAGCGGCGACCAAAAACCUAAAAUCGAAGAUGCCGACGAAGACGACGAAGAUAAAGAUAAAGAAAAGAAAAAGAAGAAGAAAACGAUCAAAGAAAAAUACGUCGAAGAUGAAGAAUUGAAUAAAACCAAGCCGAUCUGGACUAGAAACCCAGACGAUAUCUCGCAAGACGAAUACGGUGAAUUCUACAAAUCGUUGACCAACGACUGGGAAGACCAUUUGGCUGUGAAACACUUCUCCGUCGAAGGUCAGUUGGAAUUCAAAGCCUUGUUAUUCGUUCCUCGUCGCGCGCCCUUCGAUUUAUUCCAAAACAAGAAAACCAAAAACAACAUUAAAUUAUACGUUCGACGUGUAUUCAUCAUGGAUAACUGCGAAGAUCUGAUUCCCGAAUAUUUAAGUUUCAUGAAAGGCGUAGUCGACAGCGAAGAUUUACCGUUGAAUAUCUCUCGUGAAAUGUUGCAACAGAACAAAAUCUUGAAAGUCAUCAGGAAGAACUUGGUUAAAAAAUGUUUAGAAUUAUUCGAAGAAUUGGCCGAAGAUAAAGACAAUUACAAAAAGUUCUACGAGCAGUUCAGCAAAAAUAUGAAAUUGGGUAUUCACGAAGAUACUCAAAACCGUAAAAAGCUCUCCGAUUUGUUACGAUUCCAAACCUCGGCCAGCGGCGACGAAAUGUGCUCGUUUAAAGACUACGUCUCGCGUAUGAAAGAAAAUCAAACCGCCAUCUACUACAUCACCGGCGAAAACAAAGAUCACGUUGCCAACUCAUCGUUCGUCGAACGUGUGAAGAAAGGCGGUUUCGAAGUCGUUUACAUGGUCGAACCCAUCGACGAAUACGUAGUCCAACAGAUGAAAGACUACGACGGCAAAACUCUCGUAUCGGUUACCAAAGAAGGCUUAGAAUUACCCGAAUCCGAAGAAGAAAAAAAGAAAAAGGAAGAAGACAAAGCCAAGUUCGAAAACCUCUGCAAAGUGAUGAAAGAUAUUCUCGAUAAGAAAGUCGAAAAAGUCGUCGUUAGUAACCGAAUGGUCGAAUCGCCCUGCUGUAUCGUUACAUCGCAGUAUGGUUGGACUGCUAAUAUGGAACGUAUCAUGAAAGCUCAAGCUCUUCGUGAUUCUUCCACCAUGGGUUACAUGGCCGCUAAAAAGCACAUGGAAAUUAACCCCGAUCACCCGAUCAUCGAAACCUUGAGACAGAAAGCCGACACCGAUAAGAAUGACAAAGCCGUCAAAGAUUUAGUCAUCUUGUUAUUCGAGACCUCUUUACUAUCGUCUGGUUUCAAUCUUGAAGAUCCUCAAGUUCACGCUACGAGAAUUUACCGUAUGAUCAAAUUAGGUUUGGGUAUCGAUGAAGAUGAUACCGUUAUGCAAGAAGACGAGAAAAUUGAAACUGCGCCCGUUGCCAGCGCCGCUGAAGACGAAGAAGAUUUGUCGCGAAUGGAAGAAGUCGAUUAAAUUGUAUCGUUUUAAUAUGACUGAUUCGUAUGGCUUUCAUCAGCUUUGUUCCUAGCAAAGUCGUUAUUUCUAUCGUGUUUCUCAUUUUUUUCCCCUUUCAUUUUUGUUCACGACCCAAGAUAAUUUCUCAGUACAUAAUUCCAUUUUCGUAUUUUUUUUUUUUUUUUAAAUGUGUUAAGAAUAUCGUACGUAUUGUUUUUGUGUUCUACGAAGUAUUUUAUGUUGUGAAGUUCGAUUAUAAUAAAGUCGUGUCUUCGUCUUACAUAA